AUGUCAGGUUACGAAGGUGGGCAUUACCUAGAGAGGCGGCGAGAAGAAGAGCAACGUGCACCGCGAAGGCCGGAUCUGGCCACCUUUUUCAGCACACUCGAACUCGUCGAUACCUCUGGCAAUCGGCAACCACAAAACAUCAACUCUGUGCCUCUACCUCAGGACAUCUCCGCCGCUUACCGUAACCUCGCCAAUGCCUUCAACACGAUGACACGGCCGGCCGACGAUCCGAACACGGCGCUCCUUGACCAGCUUGUGGAGCAGCUCAUGGCUAGCGCAGAGCAUCCUCCCUCGCAAGUCGACGGCGUCUCGGAUGAAUUCCUCGAGCAAUUAGAGCGAGUGCCUAAGAAGAAUCUCAAAUCCGAACAGUCAUGUCCCAUCUGUUCAAAUCCGUUCUUAGAAGACCCACAUCCGUUGGUCGUGCGCCUAUCGUGUCAUAAGGAUCACAUUUUCGAUCUCGAGUGCAUAACGCCCUGGCUGAAACUCAAUCCGACUUGUCCACUCGACCGUCAGGUCCUCAUCAAGAAGAAGGUCGUCGUUCCUCCGCCGGCAGACGAUGACGAGGAUGAGUACGAUGAUAUGUAUGCUUAGCACGAUGGGUACGCGAACAAAUUC